AAAGGCGACGGAGCACACGCCGUGGCGUAGAGGGAGUAAGCCGAGGCUGAAGAUGGCGCUUGUCCGCAUAGGGUGGCCGACGAGCGAGGCUGUCUAGUUGCCUGAUAUGCCUUGUGGCGGAGUGCAUUGCGGAGUGCGUGGGAGGAAAUGGCACUAUGGCAGUUCAGACGUGGAUGCACGACACAGGUGGAGGAAGGCACUGAGUGAUGCAGGGAUUCCCGGCAGCCGAGUUUCUCCGGUACCCAGCCCUGGAGCCAAGCCUGGUUGGGCCAGCUGCGGUGAUCACCCUGAGGCCGCUCGGAGGUGGAAGUGGAAACGCAACGUUUUGGCUUGACUGGCUGCUAUCGCGCACCUCACCUACACAGCCAUGGAGACAAUCUUUCGGGCGCUGAGCUUCUUCCUGCUCCUCGCGAGCCUGCCCGUCAUCUCGGCCCUCAAGUUCGACAUUCAGGCCCACCCCGGACACGAGUCGGCCAGUAAAGAGCGCUGCAUCCGCAACUUCGUGGCCAAGGACCAGCUCGUCGUUGUCACCACCAUUACCGAUGGCUACAAGGGCGAUGGCAUGACCCUUAACAUGCACAUCAAGGAUGCUGUAGGCAAUGACUACGGCCGUCCCAGGGACGUCGCUGGCGAGAACAGAUAUGCCUUCACCUCCGUUGCCGACUCCGCCUUCGACGUGUGUUUUGAGAACAUCCUGUCGUCGAACAUGGCAGCCUCGAACCCCACCAGGCACGUUGAGCUUGAUAUUGACAUUGGCGCCGACGCCAAGGAUUGGAACGCGAUCCAGAGCAGCGAGAAGCUUAAGCCGGUUGAGGCAGAGCUCCGCCGCAUCGAGGAGCUGGUGGGCGAGGUCGUGUCUGAGAUGGAGUAUCUGCGCCACCGUGAGCAGAAGCUGCGCGACACCAAUGAGAGCACCAACGAGCGUGUGAAGUGGUUCGCGUUCGGAACCAUGGGCAUGUUGGUGGGUCUGGGCGCAUGGCAGGUUGUCUACCUGCGCGCAUACUUCCGCUCGAAGCACCUUAUCUAAAAAAGCAGUCAAGUGUCUGCUUUACGCCGGUUUACGA